AUGAGUCAGGAGCACCAAAAUACCACCAAUAGAAACAAUAAUAGUGUGUAUCAUUUACGGAACUGUUACGUUUCUGGAACAGGUGCAGUUUUGUAUAAUAACAAAUUUAUUUCUAGUUCAGGCAUUCAAGAUAAACAUUUAUACUUGUAUCAACCAUUUACAGGUCCAGUGAUAGGAGUAAGAGAUGUAGUUGUCAGUGUAGGUCACAAAUUUUCUUUAAUUUUCGGUCAUUUCAUUCAAGACGGUCUUUCACCUUUAAUGGAAGUUCCCAGUGAUGCUUUAAAGCAAUCCACAGUUACGAUUUGCGCGCAUAAGAAUCUUGUAGACGAUUUUUUCCCAACAUUAAAUUUUUCAAAAGAAGUUCAAAUUUUGAGUCCUUGUCAAUGGAUAUUUGCGAAAGAAUUAUAUAUUAAUCUUUGUCCAAGACCACAUAUAGCUCAUCUUGGCCCUUGUUUCCGUAAAUUAACUUUAUUGAUUAGAGAAAAAUUUAAUUUGACGGGAAUUGUUCCUUCAAGAUACGUUAUUUCUCAACGAAAAGCAAAAAAUAGAUUCAUUAGUAACUUUGAUGAGCUAUUUAACGCAGUUAACACAACUUAUCCAGAUUUUCCAUGGGAAAAAGAUCUCCAAAUGCCAAGACCACUUAACGAAACAGUUAAAAUCUGGUCAAAUGCAAAAAUAUUCUAUGCUGUUACAGGAAGUAACUACUUCAACAGCAUUUUCUUCCCACAAUCAGUUGUCGCAAUCAUUGUAUUCUCAGAUAAUUAUGACUUUUCAACAAUAACUACUCUAACGUGUAAUAAUUAUCAUACAAUUCUUUACCAAGAACCAACAAUGAAACAUUUCGUCAAAUUGACAAAUAAUUUUAAUAUUACAAGGGCUUUACUUGCAUUUAAGAUAGCCAUUAAUGUCGAUAAGAAUCACGUAUGGCCAAAAGAACCAAAUACAGCCUUUUUGCGCUAA